UGUGAUUGGCAAAAUUUUUUUCGACAAGCUGGCAACUUCUAUACUUCGUCUAAUUCACAAAAUUUGUUGAAAUAAAUACAAAGACAUGUCCAGCCCAGAUCCAGAAAAAACAGCGGAGCCGCAAAAAUCUGGCAAUGCGCCACCUCAUUACAGCUUUAAUUUCGACAGCGCAGCUUCCAUGAGAGCUCCGCCCCCCUCGUACGAGCAGAGCCAACAGCAAAGAGUAAACUAUAUGCCGUCACCAGCUGGACCUGCGAUGCAGAUACACGUACCAAGCAACCAGUAUUAUGGCAUGACGCAUCAUCAACAAUUACCUGUUAUGCAUAAUGGUUCAGAUUAUGGCUUAGUCGGACCCAGCACCUCUGCAGGUGCUGCUGCUUCGCAUGUUAUUAACGUAGACCCACGUGCUGAGCUGCGUACCACAACUUCGGGAGCUGUUGUUAUACCUCCACCGCCGCCCGGCUGCUUGCCCACGCCCGCACAAUUGGCCGCCAUGCAGGGACAUCCGGUGGUGGUGCAACAAAAGAAGCGUUCCUUCUUCUAAGCCGUCAGGAAUUGAAUCGGAAGAAGCAAUUACUCGAAUGCCUCCUAAUUAUUAUAUGCUUUUAAUGUUUACUUAAUAAAUGAUAUUUCGUCUUGUUCUCGCGUA